GUCUCGAAACGCUUCUCGAUUUGACGAUCCCCUGACUUCUGGUAUACCAACGCGCUUCAUUCGAAGAGCACGAACCAGUAGUUUGAAGGAGUGAAUAAAAGUGGAUCCCGAUCGGUUUAAACUGUCAUUCGGAUACUCAAAUCGAACCUCUUGAAUAAAUAAACAGUGAUUCACCACCCUUUUCUUCUCGAUACUUCAAGAGCGAAUAAACUAUUUGUUUUAAUCUACGAAAUGGAGAACGUAAACGAAUACGCGGUAUCGAACGAUUUGCAGCGACGCGAUGCCCUCGACACUAUCGAAGAAUUUGCCGACGAAAUAGCGAGCAUGCACGGCCGGUGUCUCGACAUUGGUUGCGGUCCAGGAAUUGCAACGAAAGACAUAAUUUUACCGAGACUGCCAUCAGACGCUGUGCUCACAGGUGCAGACAUUUCAAAAGCAAUGAUAAAAAGCGCGAGAUCUUAUUGCGCGAACGAACCCCGUUUGUCCUUCGUCGAAUUGGAUGUCGAGACUGACGAGUUACCGAUCCACGAAAUCGGCCAAUACGACAACGUUCUUUCUUUCUACUGCCUCCACUGGUGUCAAGAUACCAAACAAACCUAUGAAAAUAUCUACAAACUGCUGCGUCCAGGAGGCACCGGUUUGAUUAUGUUUCUCUCCUUCAACGAUGGAUUCGACGCUUACAUCAGAAUGCGAGAUAAUUCUCGUUACACUGCUUACAUGCAGGAUGCCUCAAAGUACGUGCCCGCCUUUCACAACUGUCCGAAUCCGCGAGCAAAUUUGAAAAAAAUAUUGGAAGACGUCGGUUUCGAGGUUCUCCACUGCAGCAAUCGUGAGAAAAGCUUCAUCUACAAGGACAUGAAAACGUUGCAAAAGCACGCAAUAGCGGUGAACCCAUUCUACAAUAGAAUACCCGACAAUCUCAAGGAGGAAUACACCGAAGAAAUGACGAGAGAAAUAGCACGGCGGAAGAUUUUGCUCGAGACGAAAAACAACCAAGUUCCAAAGGAGUACAGCGUCCUCGAUCGUUAUCGAAUAUUGAUUGCGUAUUUCAAAAAGCCAGAAAAAGCAGACGAGAUCCGAUAGCGAAUCGGAUCUCCACGCAGAGCCUCCUGAAAAACAAUUUAUUGACCAUCCAAAGCAGCUCUUCGAGGCCGAUUUUCAUUCGCGGGAGCAGGAUAUAUUUGUAUUGAGGAAUAAAUAAAAUAAAACGAACAAACACCCCGAAA